UAGAGGUCGCCUGUGCCCGAUGCCCCGAUCUAUACGCGGCACCGGCUCACUCGUUACUCAUUGCGGGACAGGCAGCAUAAGAGGAAAGAAAGGUAGGUUUGCUCACCCCCUCCCGGCCGUAGAUAUCUACGAGUUAGCUGCUGCAAGCAGUACAAAUAUCUCCAAGAAACCAGCAAAAAACAGCAGCCGUUUGAGGCAGAAUUCCCAAAGCUUUCUGUUUGCUGCGGCAAUGGAGGGGCAGCUCGGUAGGGGAAGGCAGGAGGCGGACGGGUGGAGAAAGGGCCCGUGGACCAGCCAGGAGGACACGCUGCUCGUCGAGCAUGUCAGGCAGCACGGCGAAGGGAGGUGGAACUCCGUCUCCAUGCUUUCAGGGCUGAAGAGGAGCGGCAAGAGCUGCAGGCAGCGGUGGGUAAACUACCUGAGACCUGAUCUAAGGCGAGGCACGAUCACACCCCAAGAGGAGAGCAUCAUAGUCCAGCUCCAUGCUUUGUGGGGAAAUAGGUGGUCGACGAUCGCGCGCAGCCUCCCGGGCAGGACGGACAACGAGAUCAAGAACUACUGGAGGACGCGCUUCAAGAAGGGCAGGACGUCCAAGAACAUCGAGCGAGCGAGGGCGCGCUUCCUCAAGCAGCGCCGGGAGAUGCAGAGCCAGCAGCAGCAGCUCGGCCAGGGAAGGGACGAGAACCAGCACGGCGCCGCGCGCACCGGCACGGUCGACGGCGACGAUGGUGGCAGCGCGGUCGAUGACGCGUGCGCGGCGACGACGGUAGCCGAAGCCGGCCACCACGAGGCCCUGAUCAUGCAGAACGCCAUGGACCUCAUGUGCCCCAUGUCCUGCGCCCUCCUCCUCCACGGCGCCGGGCAGGGCGGCGGCGGGGGCAGCUGCUGCGGCUCCACCAGCGAGGAGUACGGGUCGAGCGAGGAGGACGGCGCCACGUGGGGAAGCCUGUGGAACCUCGAGGACGUGGUCGACGACGUCGUCUUCGACGGCGGAGCGUGCGGCACGCUGUGGUAGCUAGAUUCGCUACCCUGCCGCCGCUGGGUGAUUAACUAGCUAGCUGCUGCAUGCGGCAUGCCUUUUACUAGCUAGAGGGGAGAGAUAGAUAGCUUAGAGCUGAUCCUGGAGUAGUCGUGGUGCUGGUGGUAAAGAUGGAACAACAACUGCUGCACGUUCACUCGGCAGAAGCGCAGCCUCAGCUGAUGACACGUUAAAGCUCCGACCGGGGCACUUUCUUUAUGGGGGAACAGAAGAAGUUCUCCGCUAGCAAAGCCCUCUGAUCCGUACCUGAAAACAAAGGGGAUGUGAGGGUGACAAUUACUCCAUUCGAUAUUGAUUAUUUCCAACCAUGCAUGCACCAAGUGUAAAGUGUAUCGAUAUCAGGUAUAUGAACCAGUACCGCAGUACGUCUGCAUGAA